AUGUCAGACCAACAGCAAGAGAUGUAUGGCAGGGCCUCUCGUCAAGGCUCAUCGCCGCAACCGCUAGAACAACAAGUAGAAGUUGAAGGCAUUGACAGUAUGAGGGUCAAGGUUACCAACAUUGUUGAUGGAAUAUUCCAAUUUGCCAGAUCACGAUCCACGAACUGGUCAUCGGGAAUGUCAGACUCUGGGAGGAGCGGAACACCCAAUAGCAGUCGCCCUAGCAGUCCCACCAAUCUUCCUCCCAGCAAAACCAAUAGCCUGGCAUCCAACAGCAAUCAUAGCCGUUCCUCUCCCAUCACUAGACCCAAAGCACAACGAGGAGGACCCAGCACCAAAAAGGUAAAGUUCAAAGAAGAACCCACGCAAAGACGGUCAUCUAGGAGUGGCCCGGACGAAGGCGACACAACCGGCGGCGCAUCUUCGUCGUCGUCAAGACCAUUAGAUGCAGACUACACCGCAUCGGCACAAACAGAGGACAAGAAUUGGCAAGUAUCGCGAAGAGCCCGAAAUGAGAUUAUGAACUCUCUCCGAGACGACUCCAACAGCCCCAAACAGAAACUAAGAGGACCCGCUGGACUCAGCGAUGAUGACGAAGACGGCUCGCGUGCUAGAUCCAAGCAAUCGAGUUCCGCAACGUCCUUCGAUAGUCGCGACCUAAGGGGCUCUAUGGCAUCAGAAUUCGACAGCACCCGAAGCGCGGACAGCAAUGAACGUCAUCAAAGGACUGGGAGAUCAUCAUCACCAAUGGAAGGAAGUUCUCGACGGCGACCGCGAGGCAUGGAUAGCAGCUACAAACAGAACCAUCGGGAUGACAUGGACACUAGUGUUAGCUCGCAGGCAUCAUGGAAUGUUAACCUGACUGAGAAUGAACAAGUCGAAGAUACAGGACCAAAGGAACUGAAAUGGUUCGAACGAUUCAUGCCAGACUGGCUCGUCGUGAUUCGAGCUUGGUGUGGAGUGGUUGUCCUCAACGACACCUUCCAAAUACUCAUGGUGCUCCUUAUUGUCGCCAAUUCAAUCUGCAUGGGUCUGGCGACCUUCGACUUUAUCGAUAAGGACCCGCAUCUCAACCACGUUUUUGAUAUGGUCGAUAGGGGAUUUCUCAUCAUGUUCACGGUCGAACUGGCCUUGCAAUUCGGCUACUGGGGAUACCAACUUUUUUAUGAUGGUUGGCUCUUGUUCGACUUUGUCACCGUCUUUCUCAGUUGGGCCAUGGAUGGUGUUCAAGUCUUUCGAUCCGUUCGAAUCUUUAGGGCUUUCCGGCUGGUUGUCAGGAUCCCAAUCCUCAAGAGUCUUGUAUAUGCUGUCUUUCAUGUGAUCCCACGCAUCUCUGCCAUUGUCGGGCUGUUCACUUUGCUUAUCUACAUUUUCGCUGUCAUGUCCACUACACUCUACAAAGACUUCUUCGAACGGGGGAUCACAGAUGACGACUACUUUGGGAGCCUGGAUAAAUCUCUAUUCACGCUGUUCCAGUUUGUUACUCUGGAAGGCUGGGCUGACAUUGUGCGCGACAUCAUGGAAGUCGAUCCGUUCGCCAAGUACAUCUUUGGCCUCUUCUUGACUGUGUCGGGCUUCAUCUUGUACAGUUUAGUGGUGGCUGUUGUUUGCGAUUCCUUCCUUGCCGUCGAAUCCAAAAUUCGACUUGAACUCAAGCAACAAGCCAAGGUGGAACGGGAGCGGCGCAGGGCCCUUCGUCGACAAAAGAGGGAGGAACGAGCGAACCAAUCAUCAAAUUAUGAUUCGGCAAUGGAUUCGUCGUACAACUAUGACUCGUCAUUCAAUUUUGACAGUUCGAUGGGCCUCGAAAACGACAGCUCCAGCAGGGGCAGGAGAAGCUCUAGGCCGCUUGCUUUUCUCAGGCGGAACUCCAAACAAAAACCCGAGUUGGACCCCUGGAAAUCUUCGACGGACCCCAACAAGGUGUCUUCGGCGCAAUCAGCAAGGGCAACUCCACCUCCAAACCCUUACGCUAAGCCGAAGAAGAAAAGGGGGUUCUUUGAGGGGAUCUUUGCUCCAAUCGGAGAUCCUGUACAGGGGACUCCGCCGCCCCUGGGAGCACCCUCGAGGGGUGUUCAUCCGAAUCUAGUACGGAAAUCGCAAAGGACGUCGAAGGGAUCAAUGACAGACGAGAGCCACAGGUCGAUUGCGACUGGAAAAUCGGCUUCUAGUGAUAAGUCGGCGGAAACCGCCAAAUCGGACCCCGCGACAGGCGAAAACCCUCGUCGCAACCUCACAGAUGUCACAGUUGCCGAGGAGGACUCCCUGGAAUCACCGGUCCCAGAGUUCUCUCAAGCACGAUCACCAAGGACUACCAUGGUAGCCAAGACACUCGCUUCGGGUGAGCUGGAGCGCAAGAAGAAACGCGGCCGCAGUGCUGAAAAGAAAAAGAAAAGGAGACCGGUCAGGCACAGAAUAAAGCGUGUUCAGUACCGCUUGAACAAACUGACGAAGACCCAAGCAGAGAUUCUCAGUACUCUGGAUGAAAUGUGCAAGGAGAUGGAGGCGCUCGAUGAUAGCAGCGGCAGCAAAGAUGGCCGCGACAGCAAAGAUGGCAAGAAGGAGUCAAGCAAAUCAUGA